AUGGAAGAGGACCCAAUUCCUUCCUCUGACGCCCCCAAUGCGUCUGUCCGCCGUGGAGAUGCCUCAAACUCCCGGCGUCUACGAGGCACAGCUGCGACGUCCCCACCGACGCCUUUCGCACAACCUCCGGACGUCCCAUUCUGCCACCGAGUGAUGGAAGCGCCCCCGUGCGACCUGGCACUCCCCACGGAGAUGCGUCGCCUGGCCACCAGCUCUCCUGGCCCGACUUUGGAGCAUUUCUACUGGCCACUGACAACGCCCGGAUGCGCCCGCAUGGUCUUCGAGGGUUACGUCCCCUCGACGCCCCAUAGACGCCACGCUGAAGGAAUGGGAACCCUCCUACCUCAUGUGGAGGCCCCAGUGAAGCCCUGCCAGUCACGCACGCACGAUAAGAUGCCGUGGCUGCCUUUUCCGAGGAGAAAACACAAGCUAAGCGGGGAAAGGGGAUUUGUUUGUCUUGCUGACGAAUGCGAAAAUUGUUGGUGCCGAAAAUUGUGUGAAAUAAACUUUGCUUUAUGCGAAAUUUGCGGUGUUCAGGGAAUUUUUUUCAAAAAAGAAAUAUUUUCCUGCUGACACUAAUUUUUCACU